CCCGUCCCCACCACGUGUCCCCUGUCCCUGCCACGUGUCCCCUGACCCCGCGUGUCCCCCCGCAGACGGCGUGGUGCUGGUGGACCCCGAGUACCUGAAGGAGAGGAAAGUCUUCGUGACAUUGACCUGCGCCUUCCGCUACGGCCGCGAGGACCUGGACGUGCUGGGGCUGACCUUCCGCAAGGACCUCUUCGUGGCCAACGCCCAGGCCUUCCCCCCGGUCCCCGAGGAGAAGAAGCCCCUGACGCGGCUGCAGGAGCGGCUCAUCAAGAAGCUGGGCGAGCAUGCCUACCCCUUCACCUUCGAGAUCCCCCCCAACCUGCCCUGCUCCGUCACGCUGCAGCCAGGUCCUGAGGACACGGGGAAGGCCUGCGGCGUGGACUACGAGGUCAAAGCUUUCUGCGCGGAGAACCUGGAGGAGAAGAUCCACAAGAGGAACUCGGUGCGCUUGGUGAUCCGUAAGGUCCAGUACGCGCCGGAGCGACCCGGCCCCCAGCCCAUGGCAGAGACCACCCGGCAGUUCCUCAUGUCGGACAAACCGCUGCACCUCGAGGCGUCCCUGGACAAGGAGAUCUACUACCACGGAGAGCCCAUCAGCGUCAACGUCCACGUCACCAACAACACCAACAAGACGGUGAAGAAGAUCAAAAUCUCAGUGCGCCAGUACGCCGACAUCUGCCUCUUCAACACCGCCCAGUACAAGUGUCCGGUGGCCGUGGAGGACGCCGAUGACAUGGUGGCCCCAAGCUCGACGUUCUGCAAAGUCUACACCCUGACCCCCUUCCUCGCCAACAACCGGGAGAAGCGGGGGCUGGCGCUGGACGGAAAGCUCAAGCACGAGGACACCAACCUGGCCUCCAGCACGCUGUUAAGAGAUGGAGCCAACAAGGAGAUCCUGGGCAUUAUCGUCUCCUACAAGGUGAAGGUGAAGCUGGUGGUGUCCCGAGGAGGGUGA